AUGUUUCAGUUACGUGCUAAAGGAGCGAAGACACUAGAUUUACAAUAUUGGCUUGAAGAUGCUCGCCAAGUUUUAGGUGAUGCGUGUCUAACCAUUAAUGACCUACCAUCAUUAGCUCUUGGCAAUUGUGUUGAUGGUGUCCAUCUUGGACCUGAUGAUAUGUUGCCACAAACAGCUCGUUUACAUAUUGGCUACCAAAAGAUUAUUGGUCUUAGUGGCGAUGAUGCUUUACGACUUGCGGGGCCAGUUGCUCAGCAAGCUGAUUAUUUUGGUGUUGGUACAUUUCGACAAACAGCUACAAAACCAAAUGCUGGUAAACCAAUUGGUCUUAAAGGUUUAAAGAAAGCGGUGACAUUAACAAAAAAACCAAUUUUUGCUAUUGGUGGUAUCGUCCCAGCGGAUGCGGGAGCUAUACGUUCUACAGGUGCUUUUGGUAUGGCAAUUUAUUCUGCAAUUUGGUCGGCACCAGAUCCUAUUCAGGUAGCUAAAGAAUUUAUUCAUAAUUGGCAACAGGCAUCUUGA